AUGGAUGAAGUCGUCACGUGGAAGCGAGUCUUAUCUGCAAUUUUCUAUGGAGUCACUUCUAUCAUCAUUGUGUUCGUCAACAAAAUACUGCUAACUAAUUACAGAUUUCCGUCGUUUCUAUUUGUCGGAUUUGGCCAAAUGAUUGCCACUGUUAUUGUGUUAUUUCUUGCACGAAUGUUAAAAAUAGUGUCAUUCCCAGCUUUCGAUUACUCUAUACCGCGUAAAAUUAUGCCACUUCCACUGCUAUUCGUUGUUAAUCUCGUAUCAGGACUUGGUGGAACGAAGUUAAUCAAUUUGCCAAUGUUCACCGUCCUCAGACGAUUUUCGAUUUUGAUGACGAUGGUUUUAGAGUAUUAUAUAUUGGGAGUCAAAGCAUCUCGUGCUGUCCGCGUUUCGGUAUGCAUGAUGAUCGCUGGAUCCAUUAUAGCAGCACUUUUCGACCUUACCUUCGAUCUCUGGGGAUAUACCCUCAUAGGAUUGAACGAUAUUUGUACUGCCGCUCUUGGUGUAUAUACUAAACAAAAACUCGAAGCAAAGGAGCUCGGGAAGUAUGGUCUGAUGUUCUACAAUUCCUUGUUUAUGUUGAUUCCAACAUUCCUACUGAUCUGUUACACCGGUGAUACGGAACGGGUAAGUAUGCAGUUUACAUUUGCGACAAGAUUCAUAAUGUCUGACGAGAUGACCGCUUCCGCAUGGGCCUGUUUCGUUGUUUCAUGUAUCUGUGGAUUUGUCCUAAACUAUUCACUAGUUUUGUGUACCCAUUUCAAUUCAGCGCUCACUACCACUUGUGUUGGGCCAAUAAAGAAUUUGUUCGUCACUUACGUGGGAAUGUUUUCGAGUGGAGAUUAUUUGUUCCAAUGGACAAAUUUUAUUGGAAUUAAUGUCAGUGUAAUGGGUAGCAUACUUUACACGUAUGUGACGUUCCGUACGAAGUCUAUCACUCAACGGCAUAUUGUAGUGAAUGCAGCUAGCAAAGUGGAAAAACAGCCGUUGAUUUGA